AUGAUCUCAAUCCUUCAGGCUUCAGUAUUUUUCUUACCCUUCUCCUCGGCUCUGUCUUUCACCCCAUGUCCACUUCUCGGCCCUGCAUUUCCUCCAUUCUCUCUCGAUACAAAUGACAAAACCAUUGCAGGCGCCCUGAAAAAUCUCACGCAGGAGUUUGACGCACUAGUUGCAAAAAAUACUGGCGCUCAUGGGGAUAUCUCGCCAAACACAACCUUUAGCAUCGCCUUGUUCUCGUCCGACGCCGGGAAUGCCAAAGACGAGCCCUUCUUCUGGCAAUAUCACCACACAGCCCCUACAUUGAACCAGUCUUCAGUGGGAUCUCGCGUUGCGGACAAACACAGCAUUUAUCGCAUUGGUGGUCUCACUGAGGUCUUCACGGUAUGGAGUCUUCUCACGGGAGAUGGAGACCAGGUCCUUGAUGACCCUGUUACCAAGUACCUCCCUGAGCUGGUUGAUGCUACAAAAGAACAAGAUAUGAUUGGACAUACCAGGUGGGACGAUGUCACUGUCGGUCAACUUGCGAGUCAUAUGUCUGGAAUUGCAAGGGACUAUUGCUCGAAGGAUGUGACCUUGCAAACAGGUCCUGCUGAGGCGGGACUACCUCCACGCCAGGCCAUUCACAUGCCUUGUUGUGGUGAUGAUUUCAAGUGUGAUGACAGUGAUUUCAUUCGACACCUCGCCAACAGAACCCACGUGGCUCCAGCUGGGGGAACCCCCAGCUAUUCCAACAUGGCAUUCCAGCUUCUAGGCUAUAUAGUAGAAAAGCGCACAGGGAAACCAUUCAGCAAAGCCCUUCAACACGACAUCUUUGACAUCCUGGGCAUGACUGAAACUUCAAUCUUUGCGCCAGCCAAUACCACUGCGGGAAUUAUUCCUGUGAGCAAACAAGCCAGUGGUUGGUUAGCACACCAUGAAGCAGACAAAGCGCAAUGCAUCCAUGCCAGAUCAAAAUCUCUUUUCUCCAGCGUCAAAGAUCUCGCAAGAGCCGGUCAAGCAAUCCUCAACUCAACCCUACUAAGCAAACCCCAAACAACUCGCUGGUUCAAGCCAGUCUCCCACACCUCCAAUCCAGUCAACUCCAUUGGAUUCCCAUGGGUUAUAUACAGUGCCGGCUCAUACCCCGAUACAUCCAUGAUCGACAUCUACACGGUUCUUAGCAACGAAGGCAACGACGAGAGCCUCUACAGCUCAUACCUCGGUCUAGUCCCAGACUUCGGUGUCGGCUUUGCCAUUCUCUCGGCUGACAACAAGGCUCCCGCAGAUCUCAAUGCACACGCGGAUCUCAUCGGUGAUGUCGUGCUAGAAGCGUUGAUGAAAACAGCUAUCGAGCAGGCAGCCGAGAAUUUCGGGGGCGCAUACAAGACAUCCGACAUCAAUUCGUCUAUUGCUGUUGAAUUCGACAGCUUGCCGGGGUUGUAUAUUCAGGAGUUUGUUAGUAAUGGCACCGACUUUCGUGCAACACUCGCUGGGAUCAUGGGUAUUGCGAAACCGGCGGAUCUGAGUAUUCGAUUGUAUCCUACACAACUGGUUCAAGACUUUAGCUCUGGCUCUAGGCAGGCUUUCAGAGCUGUCUUUCAGGACGUGACUGAGCUGGCGGAUAAUGACACACCGACUUGUGUGUCCUGGCUAGACCUUGAUAGACUCCAGUAUGGAGGUCGUGGUUUGGACGAGUUCAUCUUUUCUCUGGAUCAGAGUGGUCAGCCUGUCAGUGUUGAGAUUCCAGCUUUGCAGGUCUCACUGAGAAAGAACUAG